CAAAGUUCUAGAUGAACCAGCCAAAGCUGAGAGGCUCACCUGGGGGCGGCUCCAAAGGCGACGUGAUGACGCAGUGGACUGUACGUGGGCCGUCAGUUGGCGCCGUGCAGAUGCAGUCAGAGGGCUCUCAGACUCCCAGCGUUCUGCUGGUGGAGGCGUUUUACGGCGGCUCCCACAAACAGCUGAUCGACCUGCUGAAAGAAAACAUCGACGGCUGCUCCGUCUUCACGCUGCCUGCCAAGAAAUGGCACUGGAGGGCGAGAACGGCGGCGCUGCACUUCAGCCAAACCAUCCCCACCUGUCCGUCAUACAGAGUCUUGUUCAGCAGCUCGGUCCUGAACCUGUGUGAGCUGGUGGCCCUCAGACCAGAUCUGGCCCGUCUGAAGAAGGUUCUGUACUUCCACGAGAACCAGCUGGUUUAUCCGGUCCGCAAAGACCAGGAGAGAGACUUCCAGUACGGAUACAACCAGGUCCUCUCAUGCCUGGUGGCAGACCUGGUGGUGUUUAACUCCGCCUUCAACAUGGACUCCUUCCUGUCCUCCAUCUCCUCUUUCAUGAAGAAGAUCCCAGACCACAGACCCAGAGACCUGGACCUGCUGAUCCGACCCAAGUGCGUGGUCCUGUACUACCCGGUCCAGUUCCCCGAUGUCAGCAGACUGCUGCCCGAACACAAACUCCUCCGGAGGCCCGCAGAGCCGUCUCACGCUGAUGACAUCAUCACCCCGCAGGUGGAGCAGCAGACUCGACGUGACCCCGACAGGUCUGAGCAGGAGGAUCCACAUCAGUCCACUUCAGAACCCAGAGGGGACCAGAGACCAGUUAGUGAGGCGGGCAGCUCAGACCAGGUGAACCCUCUGCACAUCGUCUGGCCUCACCGCUGGGAGCAUGAUAAAAACCCCGAGCUCUUCUUCUCCACUCUGAUCAAACUGAAGGAGAGACGAGUCGACUUUCACCUGUCGGUGCUCGGAGAGACUUUCACCGAUCCACCAGAGAUCUUCUCGGAGGCCAGGCGUCAGCUGGAGCGUCACAUCCUGAACUGGGGCUUCCUGCCCGGCAAAGAGGACUACCUGCGAGUGCUGAGUCAGGCCGACGUGGUCGUCUCCACCGCCAAACACGAGUUCUUCGGGGUCGCCAUGUUGGAAGCGGUUCACUGCGGCUGUUAUCCUCUUUGUCCGAAGGCUUUGGUGUAUCCUGAAAUAUUCCCAGCAGAGUACCUGUACUCCACACCUGAGCAGCUCUGUAAACGGCUGCAGGGACUCUGCAGGAGGCCCGACAUCGCCCGACGACACAACGUUAAGGUCGACACCUCCUCCUUCUCCUGGACUUCUCUGAAGGAGCGUUUUGAGACUCUGCUGGCAGCGCAGGGUCCCUGAACGCACCGCGGCAGCUCUGACUUCACUCCAUUAGCGCCGGCUUGUUCUGAGGUCGCCGGAGCGUCUGCCAGCCCGUCGUCAUGCUUGACUCGACGCCACGGCCCGCAGAACGCGCCGUGACUCCCAGCCCGUCCCAGGCACCUUUUGAGCCCCCAAAUCAAAAAGGCAGUGUGGCGGGCUGGAGACGCAGAGUCUGGACCUGUAAACCGUCCUCUCGGGCCGGAGGAGAACUUUCUUUUAUGUGUGUGGUUUGGGUUUAAAGGAGGGGGGUCACCGUGUAAAAGCUUUCAUGUUUCCACAGGCGGUGCCACCUCAUAGAUCGGCUCCAUCCAUUUUUAUCCUUUGUGCUCGUGAGUUUCUGUUGUUCACCACAGCGACUGAGCGGCAGCCAGGCUGUGGUUUCAGUCUGCAGCUCCACCUGAGCUGCCAGGUCCAGGACCCAGCAGAAACCAGAAUAAAGUGGAUCUCCAGACGUAGCCACUGAGGCCACAUCACCGUCACAAACCCACAACCAGGUCCUGAAGUGUUUCAUCCAAACAGCUGAGAGGAUGUUUUAAUACAAAUAAAGUUUCUUAUUUUGAUUACGAUC